UACAGAGAUGUUAUAAUGCAAAGAUUCCGGUAGGGGAAAAGUCUCAGAUUCUCUGAGACUGUCUUUUAAAAUAAGUCAUGGGUAAAUUCCGUAAGGUCCAAAAACAACUUUUUAAACAACAAAGUUGUGGUUUUUAUGAUUUAAAACGUCCGCAGAGUCUAGGGAGGAAUCUACCUGAACACAUCAAAACUUGCUGGCACUUUCGUGCAGUGCAGCGAUAACUGUGCGCUUCUUCCUUUACUGCAGAAAAUCUGAAUUUGAUGCAAAUAAUUGUGCUAAAAUUGUCCUGGUUCAGACUCUGGAAAACCUUUUUCCGGUAGAAAGCCCACCUUCCUCUCAUGUUGCGCAUGCCCAGUGCGCCCUGCUGGCUUGCUUGGCUUUGGUGCUUCUCUGUCUUCUGUCUGCAGGUAAGGGCCUCCUGGAAGAUGAGCGUCAGCGGGCCGGCUCAAGCAGAACUCUGGGGGUCCCAAGAGCUUUCGGGUAUGCAAGAGAGGAAGGAGUGAUUGGUCUUGACUCAAGCACAUCCCUCCCACCGGCCACGGUCAAGAGCCAGGGUGCACAGCGCCGUCGUCGCCACUGGAGGGGCGCUAAUGAAGAGAGGAUGACAGGAGAGGAAGAGAACUACAAGUCCCAGCAUGCACUGCGUAGCGCGGCUCCCGCAGAGGCCGGCUGUGCACUCGAGCCGGGGGUCGGCCCAGAUGCUGCGGGCUGACCAGGUGAGUGUCUAGCGUAGGAUGUGAGUGAGCACUGGAAGAGUGUCCCGGCGGCCGGGCAUGCCGGGACGGUAGGCCUCUGAGAAUCAGCUCGCCCGCCCUGGCGGACCUCUGGAGUCCUAGCGCCGGUGCCACCCCGGACCGCACGUCCGGACGUGACGCCGCAGCGGAGGAGGAAGGGAGAGGCGGGGCGCCGCGGUGACGUCCUCCCAAGAUGGCGGAGAGAGAGUGAAGAAACUGUUUCCCUUGGGCGGCUACCGAUCAAGGGUAAAAUUCUGAUACCAAAAUGCAGUAUUCUCACCACUGUGAGCACCUUUUAGAGAGACUGAACAAACAGCGGGAAGCGGGCUUUCUCUGUGACUGUACCGUAGUGAUUGGAGACUUCCAGUUUAAGGCGCACAGGAAUGUGCUUGCCUCCUUUAGUGAGUAUUUUGGUGCGAUCUACAGAAGCACUUCUGAGAACAAUGUUUUUCUUGAUCAGAGUCAGGUGAAGGCUGACGGAUUUCAGAAACUGUUGGAGUUUAUAUAUACAGGAACUUUAAAUCUCGACAGGUAAAGUACACGUUUUUGCUCAGUUAUGAAAGCUAGGCAGAUGGCCUUGAGAGCUCCAGUGCAUUCAUAGUUUCCCAUUCACUACAUACUCAUCCUCAGUCUUGAUGUGCAUCAUAUAUACAUGCACGUACAUAUGUGUUUAUAUGUGUGUAUAUGUAUAUAUAUGCAUGUGUGUAUAUAAGUAUACAUACUAUAUACAAUACUCAUACACACACAUGACUUCAGUAGCUCUGUUUAGGAUGAAAAGAUGUUUGAUAAUCACAAAAAAACACACUUUAACAUCAAGAGUUCUGUCCAAUGUACUUAUUUACUCAAAAAAGAAUAGAUCUUUAUUUGAAUUUUGCAAAUGUGAAUUUUAAAUGGUAGAUUCUAAGUGAAUUUCAGUUUCCCAUUGCUUUUGGGCUUCGUGGUCCUCAGGCCUUCUGCUUAUGAGGUGUUUGGAGUGUUGAAAGAACCACCUCUGGGCUCACAUCCUGGCGCCUUCCAUUGCAGCUCUAAAUAGCCAUGCGCAGAGCAUCCUGACUGUGGUUCUAAACCAGCACUUUGUGCGAAGAUGAGGAACAAGAACUCUGUUGCUGUUGUUAACCUACCCAAAGCUUAAUCAAGCCAGAGGUUUGCUGUGCUUCUCUUAAGACUCUAAGUAUUGGGCUCCAGCGACGCCUCCAGUGGUUGGGUGCCAGCCAUGUCAGAUGAGUAGCUGAUUUUAAGUCCCCAGCACCAACACGAAAGCAUUUUUGUAAGAACAGUGCGUCAGGGUGGGCACAAGUGGUUCUCUGGAUCCCACUAGCCAGCCAGCCUGCCUGCCAAGCGGUAUCUGUGAGAGAUCCUGUCUCAUAUGAGAAGUUGGAAUGUUAAAGAAAUUCAUCAGGCUGCUGACUAUCUCAAAGUAGAAGAGGUAGUCUCUAAAUGUAAAAUAAAGAUGGAAGACUUUGCUUUUAUUGCUAGUCCCUCUUCUACAGAAGUAUCUAGUAUUACUGCAAACAUUGAAUUGAAUCAACAGACCUGUCUUCUAACUCUUCGAGAUUAUAACAAUCGGGAGAAGUCAGAAGUAUCCACAGACUUAGUUCAGGCAAAUCCUAAACAACGGGUAUUGGCAAAGAAAUCGUCUCAAAGUAAAAAGAAGAAAAAGGCUUUCAAUCCACAGAAAGCAGGACAGAAUAAAGCAGGGCAAUACCCCAGUGAUGUUUUAGAGAGUGCGCCUGUGGAGCUGUUCCUAGAUACAGGUAAGUUGUCCUCACCUGUAGACGAACAAGUCAUCCAGGGAAAUGAUAAUUCAGAACUUGAGUUGACCUCAGUUGUGGAAAAUACUUUUCCAGCACAAGAUAUUGUGCAAACAGUCAAACGGAAACGCGGCAAGUCACAGUCACACUGUGCUCUGAAAGAACACUCCAUGUCUAAUAUAGCCAGUGUAAAGAGUCCCUAUGAACUGGAGAACACUGGCGAAGAGCUGGAUCAGCGGUAUUCCAAGGCCAAGCCAAUGUGUAACACGUGCGGGAAGGUGUUUUCAGAAGCCAGCAGCUUGAGAAGGCACAUGAGAAUACAUAAAGGAGUCAAACCCUACGUCUGCCACUUGUGUGGAAAGGCUUUUACCCAGUGUAACCAGCUGAAAACACACGUAAGAACUCAUACAGGGGAAAGGCCAUACAAAUGUGAACUGUGCGAUAAAGGAUUUGCUCAGAAAUGCCAGCUGGUCUUCCACAGUCGCAUGCAUCAUGGUGAGGAAAAACCCUAUAAAUGUGAUGUGUGCAAUUUACAGUUUGCAACUUCUAGCAAUCUCAAGAUUCAUGCAAGGAAGCACAGUGGAGAGAAGCCAUAUGUGUGCGAUAGAUGUGGGCAGAGAUUUGCCCAAGCCAGCACACUGACCUACCAUGUCCGUAGGCACACUGGAGAAAAGCCUUACGUGUGUGACACCUGUGGAAAGGCAUUUGCGGUCUCUAGUUCUCUUAUUACUCAUUCUCGGAAACAUACAGGUGAAAAACCAUACAUAUGUGGUAUUUGUGGGAAAAGUUUUAUUUCCUCAGGAGAGCUCAACAAACACUUUCGAUCCCAUACAGGAGAACGGCCAUUUAUCUGCGAAUUAUGUGGAAAUUCUUACACAGACAUUAAAAAUUUGAAGAAGCACAAAGCAAAGGUCCAUUCUGGUGCAGAUAAAACUCCAGAUGGCAGUGUAGAGGACCAUGCUUUAAGUGAACAGGAUCCCACACAAAGAAGUCCUUUGUCAGAAACUCUAGACGUAAAGCCUUCAGAGAUGACUCUCCCCUUAGCGCUUCCACUGGGAACUGAAGACCAUAUGCUUCUGCCUGUCACAGACAGUCAGUCUCCAACGUCUGACACACUGUUGAGGGCAACUGGGAAUGGAUAUUCAGAGCCACAGUUGAUUUUUUUACAGCAAUUAUAUUGACUUUGAGGGCGUGGAACUGCUCAGACAUCCCUGGUAGUAAACAAACAUCUCUGGUAAUGUGCGUAUUCAUAUUACUCCCCAUUCAUUUGAGCUGUGUGGCCAUUAUGUUAUAUUAGAAGUAAAAGCACCUGACUCUGCAUCCAUCGGUGCUCAUGUUGGUUUUGGCUCUCAUUGUAAACAGCCUUUCAGGGAGAGACUUCCACUGUGGCAGCACUAUUUUGGGUGGUAAGUUUUAGACACUGUUAAAGCUGCCUUAAUUCUAUUCUUAUUUUUGACUUCUUUGUUCCUGAGGUAAAAUCUGACCUGUGGAUUUUUUUUUUAUUGUUCUUUCCUAACUGUUUAAGCAAAUCUACAGUACUAUCAACUUCAAAGUGUUUCUGUUUGUAAACCCUGUGGACCAGUAUAUAAACUGUUGUGGGGGUUAAAUUUCAUAUUUAUACCUAUGAAAAUUUAGAUACUAAGGAAGAAUUGUGCUAUUUAUUAAUAUAUUCCUUUAGAGGUAACUUUUCUAAUAGAGCCAAAAGAAGUAUUUCUCUUAAAACCCAGAAAAAUGUAUGUACAUUUUUGUUCAUUUAGAAUGAACUUAGUACUCUGGACAAAGCCAAUAGUCAAAUCAGUUUUUGUUUUGAGUUGAGACUAUAUUUUUUUAAAUAGAUAUUUGGUGUUUUUAAGUGGUCAAAAGACGGUUUUGAAAUUUGAUUCAUUUUAUAUUUUAUUAGAUUUUUAGAUUAUUGGAAGUGAAUAUAUAACAAGUUUGAAAAUUUUGAUAAGCCUAUCUUUUAUCGGAUAUGCACUUUUUAAAAUAAAUGUUCUAAAAAGAAUUUUCUAGAUAUAAAACACAUACUAGAAAUCACUUGGCUUCUCAAUUUGAUAUUAUUGCAUAGAAAAAUCAAGAAACUUGAGUAGCUUGCCUAAAGCAACACACACACAUACACACACACAAAUAGGAUUACUAUCCUAACUUCAAUUAUAAGCUACACUUUUUGAUUAUCAGUUUAUUUACCAUUUUAUAUUUGAGUUUUCUAUAAGUAUGGGCUUUUAAAUUUUAUAAAUCAAACUACAACUUUCGGUUGUUGGCUCUAGCUUCUUAGUGGUCCUCUCAUUCCAGGAGGACGUAGAGAAUUCAGUGUCACCCCAUCCUAGACGCUUGCUGCCACUUUCCUCCAUGUUAAUUUAUCUCACUGCCUUACCCUUGUAUUUUAAAUUACAGUUUCAGAAGGUUAGUUCCCGUAGGACUGAUAAAAAUCGCGACUAUUUCUCAUUCCUGCCAUAAGUUAUGCUUACUUGUUUUCAUGAUUUAAACUACACUGAAAUAAAUUCAAUAUGUUUACCAAUAUUGAAUUCUUUAGUCAUAAUUCCCUGUUUGGGUUCAAGUCUCAGAAAUGAGAAGACAUAAUAAAAGCACUCGGUUCUUCUAGACUGAAGUAGCCAUACCUUUUCUAGAGCAUAUAGCGUUUUCACAGUAAAUUACCACCAGUGAACAGACUUAACUGGAGAGAGUAUGAAAUAACCACCUUUGUGUAAUGAACUUAUUAUUUUACUAUUAGCUAAGAAAUCUGUGUGUAUGUUAAAUGAGCAUUCUGAGUUUGAAUAAAAUUUGUAA